AUGCCGAAGAAAUUUACGGGUGAAAAUUCAAAAGCAGCGGUGGCAAGAGCUCGUAAAGAUGCUGUAAAAAAAGAAGAAGCUGAAAAAAAGAAGAAAGCUGUUGAAGAUGCUUAUUGGCAAGAUAAUGACAAAAAUAUUGCUCGUAAACAACAAAGAAAGGAAGAAGCAGAACGUAAACGUUUAGAAACCUUGCAAAGGAAACAUGAGAAUCGAUUAGCGCAUGAUCUCGAAUUGCAAGCGCUCUCAUGCAAAGUAGUAGAGCCUUCUAAGGUGACACAAGCAUCUAUUGAAGCUCGCAAACGUGCUGAAGAGGAAAGAAAGCAGAAAGAAGAGAAAGAACAUUUACUAAGGAUGCAACGUUUAGAAGUCGAAAAGGAAGAUAUUGAGGAAAAUGUCAACUUGCUGAGAGUACAGAAGUUUUUACCCCUACCUUUGCUUUUUAUCAGAUUUAAAAUGCAAAUUUUAGAUGCGUAUUAAUC